CGGACACGUUCAUCCUCUCCAGCGUCACCGGAAUGAGCAAAUGUUUACGACGUGACACCUUACGAUCUCGUCUGCCUACGGAUGUUUGUAUAUCUGUGUGCAAUAGCCAUCACAAUCGAUUUUUUGCGAUCAGUGCUCGGGUAUAAAUAACGGCUAAGAUCACUGAACACCUCUCAUUCAAGCAACAGUCGCGAUUGCGCCGUUCUCCGGAAUACUCGGACCAUCGGAUUACGGAUACUUAAUUUGUUCGUUGUAUGAGUGCCGCGAUUAGGACCAGCAAAUAAGAUCACCAAUAAUGGCGACGGAUAUUCAGACAUUUUAUAAAGACAAAGUCGUCUUCCUCACCGGUGGCAGUGGCUUCCUGGGCAAAGUGCUCAUUGAGAAGCUGCUUCGCACCACCCAGGUGAAACGUAUUUACGUGUUGCUCCGCUCCAAGAACGGCCAGGAUGUGCAGGAUCGAGUUGCCACCUGGAAGGCUGACCCGGUAUUCCUUUUGCUUCUGCAAUCGGAUCCCGAAGUGCUGAAGCGAGUGGCGCCUCUUGCUGGUGACUGCCUGGCACCGGAUCUGGGCCUCAGUCAAUCUGACCGCCAGCUCCUUGUGGACGAAGUGCAGGUGGUGUUCCACGGAGCAGCUACCGUGCGAUUUAUGGACCCACUGCACAUUUCACUGGCCAUUAAUACGCGGGCUGCACUGCUCAUGAUGGAGCUGGCCAAGGAGAUGCAGCAACUGGUGGCUUUCGUGCACGUAUCAACCGCCUUUUCAAAUUGCGUGGAGAAGCACAUCCAGGAACGUUACUACCCGGAGAACCUGAACUGUCCCGUCCGAAAGGUCCUGCAGCUAUGCGACACUUUGGACGAGGAGCUAAUGGACAAGAUGACCCCAGUUCUACUGGGCAAAUUCCCGAAUACCUACACCUACACCAAGGCUCUGGCAGAGCAGUUGCUCCAGAAUGAGGCUGGCGAUCUGCCGCUCUGCAUCUUUCGUCCUGGCUCCAUAAUUUCCACCUACAAGGAACCGAUGCCGGGUUGGAUUGACAACUUAUACGGACCCAUUGGUAUGCUCUAUGGCGCUGCCCGGGGAUUCAUUCGCAUCAUGCCCCUAAAUGUGAAGGCACAGGCUGGUAUUGUGCCGGUGGAUUAUUGUGUCAAUACGAUGAUAGCCCUAGCCUGGCAUACCGCCAGUAAGGAUCCCAAAGUAAUGCAUCCAGACCCGCCCAUCUAUAACUACACGCCCAGCGAAAAGAGUCCGGUCACGUGGGGCGAUUUCCGCGAUAAAGUGUCGAAGCUUAAGUCCGUCUUCCCGUUGACUCAGAUGAUGUGGGUGCCGUUCUUGCACUGCACAAGAUCCUUGUGGCUGUUCAAGUUCCUGGUCUACUUCUAUCACCUCCUGCCGGGCUACGUUUUGGAUUGUUCACUACAACUGGCAGGUCGCAAGCCGCGUCUGAUCAAGCUCUAUAAGCAAAUACAUAAGAAUAUCGAGGUACUGGCCCCCUUCAUGGACACCUCGUGGAGAUUCGACACAAACAAUACACAGCACCUGUGGAAGCAAUUGUCACCGGAGGACCAGUUGCUGUAUGACUUUGACAUGAGCACAGUUGACUGGGAUGACUAUUUCAUUGAGGUACUUCCGGGACUUCGGGUUUAUUUGGGCAAUGAGAAGCCAGGUGAAGAGGGAUUGCAAAAAGGCAGAGUAUUACUCAGGAAGCUCAUGAUCCUACAUAGAAUCUUGCAGUUUGUUUUAAUCGGCGGAGCUUUUGCCAUUUUAUGGUGCAUAUUAAAUGCAUUAUUUAGCUUGUAAGUUGCACACCCACACACUGACAACUGCACACAUACACAGGAAGUAGGUUUAUUGUUUCUUAGUUAAAUAAAUAUUUUGGCCAAAGUGUUAA